AUGGCGGCUGUUAGUGUCAGUGAGGCCAAUCUCGGUACCACAAGCUACGAUUACGACACAGUAAUUUUCUUCCAAAUCUACAACUGGAACACGAACACCUUCCAGCAGCAAUCGACCACGGACACAAACUUCGCCGCUUUUGGCUGCAAGGCAACGGACCCGUUCGUGGUGGUCAUCCACGGCUGGAUGGAGGGCUGCUCGUCGACCCAGUGGGUCAGCAACGCACUCAACAACUUCAUCAUCCUGCGCAAGGGUUGCAUCCUCUGCAUAGACUACAGUGCCAUCGCCGCGAACCUCGACUACCUGGCCGUCGUCACGCAGGUGGAUCCCGUGGCACGGACUCUGGAGAAAAAGCUACGCCAGCUGAUCGCCUUCGGGUUCGUGCCAGCGAAGGGCAUGCUGUACGCGUUCAGUCUCGGUGCACCGAUCGCGUUUCAGGCGGGCCGGAACAUGGCUUCCCUAAAGCUGGCCCGAAUCGACGCCUGUGAUCCUGUCGGGGUGGGUUUCGAUCUGAACACGACCUACACCGGACUGAGCGUCCAGGACUCGGCCACCAUCGUGCAGUGUAUCCACACGAGCGUCGACUACGGGACGACCCGGCGCGUCUGCCACAAGGACUGGCUGAUGGGUUACUGUGGCUGGUUUCAGUUUGCGGCCGGUGCCAAAACGUCGCACGGGCUCUGUCCCGAGUUCUACAAUGCCGCGUUCUGGUACGACUUUCCGGCCAUCGCCAAUCCGUACGUCUGCCCGACCAGCCGACCCGUUACCUCGUGGCCAACCGGUUUCAAGAUGGGGUACUUUAUGCCCCAGACAAGCACCUUCAUCGGAGAUUUGUUCGCCAAAACUUCGAGCAGCUUCCCGUACAACUGA